AAAAAACUGAUAACCGCCAAAAUUUGGCUCGGGAAAAGCAAGUCUUGUUACAGAGUGAUUAUUGAGGGAAUACUCUUCUAUCAAUAACAUCGGAAGGCACAUUACCUCGGUUCUACUCGAACAUUGUAUCUAGAUCUUACAAAAAUGGACCACCAAUUUACGGAAGAAGAGGAGAUAUGGCUGUUGGAGGAGAUGCUGAACAAACCAUUGCACAUCGUCCUCAACCACCUGCCCGAAACGACACAACCAUCAACCCCCAGCCCCGGAACCGCAGCAACACCAGAGCCUUAUGACCCCACGCACCCGGGUUUUCUGAGACCGGAUCGGCAGCCGACCAGGGCACAGCCGAAAGAGGUCAGUCAGGGGCUAUUUAAGCACAAGAGGUCCAAGACGCUGAUCAGACCAGUGACGCCCAGCUUGCUGAAGCUGACCGGGACGCCAAGUUCAAAAGCACGGAGAUUGGAGGAGCUUUUUGGGGCCAGCCCCACCCGAGACACCUCUCCGAAGAAGACGUCAGGAACCGGAAGCCACGACACGAUCAUCAACCCGGGCCCACGCCUCCAGCGCAGUCCCCAGUUGAUCGCCGCGCCGCAGACGACGAAACCCGUUGAUACCGUGACAUCAAAUGCCGAACCUGAGGAUCCUGAGCCAGCGGAACCUGCUGUUGAACCUACCGUUGAACCCAUGGAUGCCGUCGUAUCUGCAGCGGAACCUAAUUUGUGCAAGCCAUGUUUAUCCGGUGAUUUCUGUGGAAAAAUUACUUAA